AUGAAGAAUAUUGUCCUUGAGACAUACAGCGAGAAAGGUGAUCCCAAAGAGCACCUGCUAUAUUUCAAUACAAAAAUUGUGAUCAGUGCCGCUUCCGACGCAGUGAAGUGUAGGAUGUUUCCAGCUACGUUCAACAGCACAGCCAUGGCCUGGUUUACCACGCUACCCCGAGGAUCCAUCACUAAUUUUCGUGACUUCUCAUCAAAGUCUCUUGUCCAGUUUUACGCCAGUAAAACCAAGCAGGUGACAAUUGAGGAUCUCUACAAUGUCCGCCAAUCCGAGGGCGAGACUCUGAAGCAGUAUGUAAAACGAUUCAGCGCAGAAUCAGAGCCGCACGCCUGUGCGCGUGCCUUCAAGAACAGGUUGGAGCCGGGGAAGCUGAAUAGCAAGUUGAGCCGCAAGCUGGCUCGAGCCAUGGCGGAGAUCCGGACGCGAGCAAACACGUACAUUCUGGACGAGGAAGAUGAUGCCUUCAAGCGAAGUAGCGCGAAAAGAGAGAAAAACGGCGAACAGGGGGACACUUCGCUGGAGGAGAAACGGAAUAAGGAGAGGGGAGAGGGCAGCAAAAGGCGAGACAGGAAGGUGAGGACAGGAGAGAAGGCUGCGAAGGAGCCAUUGUACCCCAAGAGAGAAAAUUUUGAGCACCGCAGACCGUGGCAUCAAGCUGACCCUCGCCGGCUAGAGGAGUCAGGGAAGAGUCUAAAUGCACAUUUGACGGAGUUGCUUCGAGAGGUCAAGGCAACCUACGCGGUUGAGGAAGGCGAGAAAGAGGCCGACCCGCCCCGAGCGGCGUUGGAUAAAACGAAGUGGUGCGAGUAUCACCGCUCGGCGGGCCACCACACGGGAGAUUGCUUUACCCUGAAGAACGAGAUUGAGAGGCUCAUUCGAGCGGGACGAUCGCAGAUGAACGACCGUGGCGAUAGGUGGAAUGGAGAACGACACCAAGGGAACCGGUACAAAGGGGGCCGUCAGCAGGAUGACCGCAGGCGAGACGACCGCCGACGUACGCCAACUGCUGACAAAAAGAAAACGCUGACAACAAGGAAGAAGGGGGCGGAAGAAACCUUUAAUAAAGACCUUUAG